CUUGAAUUUCCAUAAAAUAAUCAAUAAAGACCCCGCCGUGUGAUUAACAUAAAUCAUAACAAUAUACCUACUUACCUAGUAUAUCAUGAAGAAAUUUAUUCCUUUUUUUCUGUGUAUGUUCCUCCAAGUCGUACUCUCUGAGAGUCAAAAUAAAUAUACAUCCAUGUAUGAUAAUAUUGACUUGAAUGAAGUUGUGCGGAAUGAAAGAUUGCUGAAAAAUUACGUUCAUUGUUUGCUGGAUGAGGGUAGAUGUACCCCUGAUGGAGCAGAACUGAGAAAAAACUUGCCAGAUGCCAUCAUUAAUGACUGCAAUAAAUGUACAGAAAAGCAAAAGGAAGGGGCCGACUUCAUGAUGCAAUUCUUGAUUGACAAUAAACCUGAAUACUGGAAUCGUCUGCAGGUAAAAUAUGACCCAUCAGGAAGCUACAGAACGAAAUAUUUAGAAGCUAAGGGCAAAGCAGUUGCAAGGGAAGAAUCCGAAGAAGAGUGAUAGGAUUUUCGUGAACUUUCAGUUAUUAGUGUUGCAUCUUCAGUGAAUGAACUGCUGAAAAUAAAGUAUUGCACUAUU